GGAGCCAAAGUAGCAAAGCCACUACUCGGCGCCUCCCGCACGAAUUAUGACAUGUUUUCAAUCAAAUGCUAGGUGUGGCGCACAUCAACCAGUCGAGUGUGCGGAAUAAAUAUUUAUGAAGCGGUGGGGAUUAAAACUGCACCAUCUGUGCUCCUCUGCACCGACGAGGCGGCCGCUGACUAUCCUGAACACCUCCAUAGGUGUCCCUUCAUGCGCCUGAGCAAAAAUAGAUUUAGCUUACUGGUCCGGGUUGCCUUAAAACUCUUGUUUCUGAGUCAGAAAAACCCGAAUCGAAAAGGUCGCCACCUGUUAAGAUGAGCGUGGAAGUGGAACAAAAGUUUUUAUUCGACUCUGACACCCUGAAAGCGAUAGAGGACAUCGGAGAUUGUGUUGGGCAGAAACAGUUUCACGAUCAAUAUUUUGACACCCCGGAUUUUCAACUGACGUUGAGAGACGUGUGGCUGCGCAGACGGAAACUAUCCUGGGAGCUCAAGUGUCCAAUAGAUCCGGUCAAUGGCGCGGCGGAGCCUGGAAGAGAACAGUCUCUGUGUACUCGAUAUAAGGAGAUCACGAAUUUGCCUGAAAUUUACCAGAGAGUGAGGGAGGUGAUUAAAGACACACGGGAGGACUGCGACGCAGACGUUCCCCCGUCUGACGAAGACGACUCCUGGCUGAGCAAGUUGGAGCUGUGCUGCUUUGCAGAGUUUACCACAACACGGAGGUCAUUUACUUUGAAAGGCGAGGAUGGGGUGAAGAUAGAUCUAGACCAAGCUGACUUUGGCUACCAUGUGGGGGAGAUAGAGGUUCUUGUUCCAGAGGGGGGAGACAUACAGUCUGCACAAGAAAAGAUCAGACACACCGCUCAGAGGCUGGGUCUGAACGAGGAGAGGCGAGUUGAAGGAAAAAUGACCGUUUACCUUAAAAGAUAUCGUCCAGAGCAAUAUGCAAUACUGUUGAGCGCGCACGUUUUAUAGAAAAGAUACUGCACACUGCUACUGGUUCUAAUAGUUCCUCACUGUGCUUCGUCAUAGUUUACAGACCUAAUGUCGUUAUUGGACAUGCAGAGUGAAUGGUAUCAAAAUGCAGUUUCCGGGUAAUUGUAAAAAUGCUUGAGAAUGAACCUGAUUCCCAGUGUCAUGAAACUGCAGUCGCUCCAGAUGAAUGUACAUUAAUAUAAAUGUCAUUGCCAGUCACAGCACUAUGUGAACUAUUCAUUCUUCCAAAAAGGGUAAUCUAUUUUUGUCUGUCAAUUGGAGACGACACGCCCACUCUUGUGGACUGUUGACUGCAUCUUAAUGUCGAGCAGGUCAACACUGCACUCCUGCAACAAUGCAAACAUUAUGCUGACAUUGCACGCUAUAUAUUAAAUAAUUCAUUCUUAUGUCUUUAA